AAACUACUCCAGCGCGUCUUUGUGACGUAGAUGUCACGUGGUUUAGCUUCGUCCCUCUUUCGUUCGAGAUUGGACUUGCUAAUUGAGCUAACGAAUUUCACUUCUUCGGUCGUUUUUUUAACCCAGAGAAGCAGGAAUAGCCCUAUCUACAGAUAAAGACAAGACGAAGAUAUUUCCCUCUUACUAGCGGCGAGAUUUCUCUCCGCUCCGGGAGAAAAGUGUGAGCCGCCAUGUACAAUGGCAUCGGCCUGACCACUCCUCGGGGAAGCGGUACCAAUGGCUACGUGCAGCGUAACCUGUCCACGCUGCGAGCCAAGCGGCCGCGUGACGACCGCGGCGGCGAGCGUGAUGAGAAGGACCGCGAGCGGUUGGAGAGUCAACUCAACCGCCAACCUAAUGCCGACAUCCUGGAGCACCAGAGGAAACGGCAGCUGGAGGUCGAGUGUGCCAAGUUUCAGGACAUGAUGGAGGAGCAGGGAUACUCCGUAGAGGAGAUCACAGAGAAGGUGAACAGCUUUCGAAUGAUGCUGCAGGAAAAGCAUCAGCCGCCUCCUCCCGCUGCUGGUGACAAAGCCAGCGUCACAGAAACUCACGCCCUGGCGGCAGCCAACCAGCAGAAGAACGACCGCCUCCGAGCCGCCUUCGGAAUCUCCAGCGACUACGUGGACGGCUCGUCCUUCCAUGCCGACCGCAAAGAGAAGGAGAAGGAGAAGCGCGAGCAGGAGCGUCUGGAGAGGGAAAAGCAGCAGCAGCAGCAGAAAUACACGUUGGUGGAGGACUCUGACGAGUCGGAGUCCCCGCCAAAAAAACGGAGUCGCAAAAAGAAAAAGAAGAACAAGAAGAGAGCCAGCUCGCAGAGUCCCUCACCGGCUCCUCGCCGAGAGAAAAAAUCCAAAAAGAAGAAGAAGAAACAGGAGUCUUCAGCGGAAGACGAUGACAACAGUUCCUCGGACGAGAAGCAGAAGGCUUCAAAGAAGAAAAAGAAAGCAGUCAGUAAAAGUCCCACAAAGGCGGCACCGCAGCGAAGCGUCUCGUCCAGUUCGUCUCGCAGUCGCUCGCCGGUGCGGUCACGUCAGCGCAAGACACAGGACGAGAACAACGGACGCAGGCCUCGAUCUCCAGAAAGGAGACGAGAGCGCGACGAGCCAAGUCCACGGCGGCGGGGAGGUGAUCAGAAGGAGAAAGCGAAGACAACAGCCUCCCUUUCCAGGAGGAGACGAGACUCUUCGUCCCCGUCCCCACCUCCGCAGAUGGACCGGAGGAAGGAGUCUGAGCGGAACAAAGAGAGAGCGAGCGAGAGGCGGCGUUCGAGCAGCAAAGAGAAAGAACGGGGGAGGAGGGAAAAGGAGAAAGAGAACCGGAGGAGGUCCACGAGCAAAGAAAUGGACAAACGCGGGGUUCCAAAAUCAAGAAGUCCAAAAAGUGGAAAAGAAAAAGAAAGGACGAGACGUUCGUGGAGUAGGGAAAAGCAGGAAAAAGCAAAGAAGUGUCCUCCCCAGAGGAUGAGACACGACUCCUCUUCUCCUUCACCUCCACGAGCGGACGUCAGAACCGGUCGCAACAAAGAGGAAGAGAGAAACGCCGGGAAGCGGGACGUCAGGACCAGACAUGAUUCCUCCUCGCCUUCGCCUCCCAAAGCAGGCGCCGGCAUAGGUCGCAGCAGAGAGGAAGAGAGAAACGCCGGGAAGAGGGGCGCCAGGACCAGAUCGGACUCCAGCUCACCGUCCCCUCCCAAAACGAACGUGAAGAGCGGUCGCAGCGGAGGAGACCGACGAGCGGAGGAGCGGAACGUCGGGAAACGGGACGCGAGAACCAGACACGACUCCUUUUCGCCUUCGCCUCCCGCGACGGACGCUGGGACGGGUCGAAGCAGAAGAGCGCCACGAGAGGACGAAAGGACAGCUGCGAAGCGAGACACGAGGCCCGAACGGGAUUCCUCCUCACCUUCACCAGCUAAAGCGGACGUCAGGAGCAGUCGCGGCAGGGGAGAAGAGAAGAUCGUUGAGAAACGGAACGCCAGUACCCGGCACGACUCUUCGUCCCCGUCACCCGAGAGGAGAAACGGAAGAGAUGCACCGCAGAAAUUUGCCGUAAAGAAAGUCGACUCAUCUUCUCGGCCACCUCUCCAUUCUCGUUCGCCACCCUGCGACCAACGCCGAGAAAAGAGCCGAGGAGAUGUCGGCGGAAAGUCCGACGAGGCCACGGGACUUCAACAAAAACCUGAUCGCGGGAGGAGAAGUCCUCCAAAGAAGCAGGCGCAAGAACCAAAACCGCGCAGCAGCGACUCCUCUUCCAGUUCCUCCUCCUCGUCCUCCUCGUCUUCGUCGUCGUCCUCAUCCUCCUCUUCAGAAGACGAAGACCAACCCGAUGCCAGCGAAAAGAAAAAGUCCUCUUCCGUCGGGGCGGCCGUUCAAAGGUACGUUACCGCCAACGGACGCGUGGAGAUCUCGCAAGAACCCGUCAAACGAACGGAAGACUACGACAAGCGGCCGCCGGACAGAAAGAACCAGGAGAAGCAGACAGGGAGGUCCCGCUCCCCCCUGGUCCACAGAGCCACCCCACCCAGGCAAUACCAGGACCCCCUGCCCUCCUCCGGUAGAACCGGUCCCCCUACGGCCCGCUUUAGGGAACGAGAGCGGGAACGGACCUCCAGGCGCAGCAGGUCCGGUACGAGGAGCCCCAGAAGGUGCAGCCCUCUGCUCAGAGGACGUAACAGUCGCUCGCCUGUCAGGAGGCGGAACAGUCUCUCGCCACCGUUGAGGCGGCGAACCAGUCGCUCGCCAGUGAGGAGGCGGACCAGUCGCUCGCCAGUGAGGAGGCGGACCAGUCGCUCGCCGGUCAGGGGGCGGACCAGUCGCUCGCCGGUCAGGGGGCGGACCAGUCGCUCGCCGGUCAGGGGGCGGACCAGUCGCUCGCCGGUCAGGGGGCGGACCAGUCGCUCGCCGGUCAGGGGGCGAACGAGUCGCUCGCCAGUAGGGGGGCGGACGAGUCGCUCGCCGGUCAGGGGGCGGAUCAGUCGCUCGCCGGUCAGGGGGCGGACCAGUCGCUCGCCGGUCAGGGGGCGGACCAGUCGCUCGCCGGUCAGGGGGCGGACCAGUCGCUCGCCGGUCAGGGGGCGGACGAGUCGCUCGCCGGUGAGGAGGCGGACCAGUCGCUCGCCGGUGAGGAGGCGGACCAGUCGCUCGCCGGUCGGGAGGCGGACCAGUCGCUCGCCGGUCGGGAGGCGGACCAGUCGCUCGCCGGUCGGGAGGCGGACCAGUCGCUCGCCGGUCGGGAGGCGGACCAGUCGCUCGCCGGUCGGGAGGCGGACCAGUCGCUCGCCGGUCGGGAGGCGGACCAGUCGCUCGCCGGUCGGGAGGCGGACCAGUCGCUCGCCGGUGAGGAGGCGGACCAGUCGCUCGCCCGUCGGGAGGCGGACCAGUCGCUCGCCCGUCGGGAGGCGGACCAGUCGCUCGCCUUUGAGGAGGCGGACCAGUCGCUCGCCAUUGAGGAGGCGGACCAGUCGCUCGCCAUUGAGGAGGCGAAACAGUCGCUCGCCAGCAAGGAAGCAACCCGCACACUCAUCGUUGCCUCCAAAAGGCAGGGUGCUGACCAGUCACUCGCCUUCGACAGCAGCGAGCAAGCGUAGCGCUAACUCGCCAAAGGCUUCCCCGGAAGCUGUCAGGAAGCAAGACGGCAAGGGCAGGCAGGCGCAACGGGUGGCCGGCCAGCCCGUUAGAUCCUCGUCUUCCUCCUCAUCUUCAUCCGACUCUGACUCCUCGUCGUCAUCCUCGUCGUCUUCGCCAUCACCAAACGGAAAAGACAGCCAGCCUCCGGCGAGACAGAAGACAAACCAGCAGGAAGACCAGAAGCGACAGUAUAGGAUUUCCCAAAGCGGCUCCGACUCGUCGACUCGCCCUGAACGGCAAUUGGACCGCGGCGACUCUUUACGAGCCGUCCAAGUGAAGUUAUCGCCGUCUGCGGCGCGACAGGUCACGGUGGCCAAUUGCAGCGUCAACGGGAAAGAAGCGAACAAGAAAGGAAGCCGAAGCAGCAGCUCAUCUUCAUCUUCUUCCUCCUCCUCCUCCUCCUCUUCUUCAUCAUCUUCCUCAUCCUCCUCUUCAGACAGCUCCGACUCGGAGGCGCAACCAGUAAAAGGGAAAGCUCAAGUUCAGCAUCCCCGAUCCCCAUCUUCCUCUGACGCCGACAAAGACAAGAGUGGUCGCCGUCCUCGAAGGCUGCCGGCCGAUUCCCUGCGAGAUUCUCGCUCUCUCAGCUAUUCUCCUCCCCGACACAUGAGAGAGGCGCCGACCUCGCCUGAAAAGAGGUCACGAGGUCGGCCUCGCUGACACCUCCACCCAUCCGUCUGGUCCACUAUGAAAUCGGACAAGCUCCUCGUUCGGUACAGGAAAUGAAGACACGGGUGCUGACAACACUUCCUGUUGUUGUGAAAUCCCACCGCAGUUUGGAUGCGUCGUGUCACUCGUCAUGUGACUCGUCAUGUGACUUGGUGUGUUCUCGUCAUUGGUUCACUUGACUUCCUGUGUGUCACACCAUGUGACUGUUUGGCUACGUUCCUAAAGACAAGAUUAAAUAAAGUUAUCUGUACAUUUUA